CCUCGCUGCUGUCACAGCGCAGGCCAGGGGCGUCAGAUCAUAGGUCCGCCUUAGAAAGCCGGCUCUUCUGAUUGGCUGGCAGAGGACGGCUUCCUACGCGGUCCUCCCCCGCGAGGGGCAAUCAGGCUAGGCUACGGCGCGCAGGGGAAGGAGACGCUGCCCUUCCGAAGCCAUGGGACGCGGCGGGAGAGAAAAUUCCCAGUUGGAGACUGAUUCUAGAAUUGCGAAGCACAUUUUGAAACAAAAUUGGAUUUCCUUGUGAAAUUUCUGAGCUGUUCCAAUAAGUGUCCUUCCUACACGCUGACUCCUCUGGGUACACUCAGCCUCAUUCAGACAUGGCCUUUCAGAGAUCAGAGGGAAUGUCCAUCAUCCAAGCCUUGGCAAUGACAGUGGCAGAGAUCCCUGUGUUUCUUUAUACAACGUUUGGGCAGUCUGCCUUCUCUCAGCUGCGGCUCUCCCCAGGCCUGAGGAAGGUGCUGUUUGCUACCGCUCUUGGGACAGUUGCCUUAGCUCUUGCAGCACACCAGCUGAAGCGUCGUCGACGUCGAAAGAGACAGAUCACCCCGGAAAAGUGUGGCAUUAAGCCUGGAGAAGUCCCUGCCCCCACAUUACCAACCAGGAAGGUCCCUUCAGUGAAAAAAGGCUACUCCAGCAGAAGGGUACAAAGUCCUAGCAGCAAGAGCAAUGACACUCUCAGCGGGAUUUCCUCUAUUGAGCCCAGCAAACAUUCAAGCUCCUCCCACAGCAUAGCCUCGCCAGAGCUAAAAACCAAUUGUGAAGCUGCACCGGGCCAUUUUGGAAUGUCUCCAGUUACUGAGAUAGUGGCUGCGAACUCUUCCAGCCCAACACCAGCAUCUGCAGGACCCUGGGAGACAAGAACGAUGGAAGAUCCUGGAGCAGCUGGUGACUCUAGUGCUGAAAAUCUCUACGUUCAAGGGAUGGAGCUAUUUGAGGAGGCACUGCAGAAAUGGGAACAGGCAUUGAUCGUAAGGCAGAGAAACAGCACUAGCACUCCAGUCUCUUGGGACAACAUGAAAUAUGAAGAAGCUAUGUCGGAGGAGUUGCCUGAGGAGUCCCAGAAAAAGGAGUCAAUAUAA